GGCAUUCACGCACUUUGCUCAGUUGUGAUAUCACUAAGAGCUAGUUAGCUACAAACUUAUACAGCUUCAUCACGUCUCUUCUGGCCAGGUAGUUAAUUUUACCACAGACACUGCAAGCAACCUGUUGCGACAACUUUAUUACUGUUGGCUAGUUUGCUAGUUACCCCUGACCCACCGGAACAGCACCUUCUCUGUGUUCCGGGACUUCCCGCUUUACCGCUAGCAAGCCUAGCUAACUAGCUAGCUACAAUUAGAUUGCAUUAGCUAACGCUAGCUAAUUAUUCGGGUAGCUAGCUUGAUAACGUUUAGCUGAUACAAAAUGUCGCUCGAAGGCGCUGCUGUCCCACGGGUUGUUAAGGAACCGGUUCAACAGAUAUGUGAACAAGGUCGACCAUGACUACAACCUCCGUAGUAUGAGCAACCUGAUGGGCGAGCGGUGGAAGAAAGUGAACGACGGAGGAGAGCGGAGUCUCAUCAAAGCUCCCUCCAGCGCCAGCAUCAGCAGCCAGGGCGCCUCCGCGGGAGCCUCCGCCGCCGGGUCCACACCACCACCAGCAGCAGCAGCAGCAGCCUCCUCUUCCUCCACCGGGGACCUGGAGAGGGCUGCCCGCAAGCAGUUCCAGCAAGAUGUCACGCCCGGCUUCGUCUACGUCCUGGCCGUCUUCUCCGCUCUCGGGGGGUUCAUGUUCGGCUACGACACCGGGGUGAUCUCCGGGGCCAUGCUCCUGCUCAAGAGGGAGCUGGACCUGAGCGCCCUGUGGCAGGAAGUGCUCAUAUCAAGUACUGUGGCCGCGGCCGCCCUGUCUGCCCUGCUGGGCGGCUUCCUCAACGGGCUCUUCGGGCGCAGAGUGUGCAUACUGGUGGCCAGCUUCUGCUUCACCGUCGGGGGGAUCGUGCUCAGCACCGCCCCCGGCAAAGAGGUGCUCCUGACGGGGAGGCUCAUCGUCGGAGUGGGGCUCGGUAUUGCCUCUAUGACAGUGCCUGUGUACAUCGCUGAGGCCUCUCCACCCCAUCUCAGGGGUCAGCUGGUGACCGUUAACACCCUCUUCAUCACUGGGGGACAGUUCACUGCCAGCCUCAUCGAUGGCGCCUUCAGCUACAUGCAGCACGGCGGGUGGAGGUACAUGUUGGGUCUGUCAGUGCUCCCCGCCGUGCUCCAGUUCAUGGGAUUCCUGUUCCUGCCGGAGAGCCCUCGCUGGUUAAUCCAGCGCGGGCUGACCCAGAAGGCCCGCCGUGUGCUCAGUCAGAUCCGGGGCAACCAGAACAUUGACGAGGAGUACGACAGCAUCAAGAACAGCAUCGAGGAGGAGGAGAAGGACAGUGGAGGAGAUGGCCCGGUGAUCUGGCGGAUGCUGACCUACCCCCCGACUCGCCGAGCCCUCCUGGUGGGCUGUGGUCUUCAAAUGUUCCAGCAGCUUUCGGGAAUCAACACUGUCAUGUACUACAGCGCCACCAUCCUGCAGAUGUCAGGAGUGCGGGAUGACAGGCUUGCGAUCUGGUUGGCCAGCCUCACCACCCUCACCAACUUCCUGUUUACCCUGCUGGGAGUGUGGCUGGUGGAGAGAGUGGGACGCAGGAAGCUCACUUUGGGAAGCAUCGUGGGUACAUGUUUGAGCUUGAGUCUGUUGGCCAUCGGUUUUCUGCUGUCUGCCCAGCACAGUCCUCCUGUCACCUUUCACCCGUUAGACCCGGCCAUGGCAAACUCCACCUGCUCCAAGUACCAGCUGUGCGAGCCGUGCAUGCUGGACCCUGGAUGUGGUUUCUGUUACCGAGAGAACGGCUCAGUGCUCCUCACCUCCUCCUGUGCUCCAGUCAAUAAGGCCUCCACCGAGCACGCAGCAUGGGGCAGAUGCUCCAACUCCAGCCUGAUGAGAGAUCACACCUACUGGGCCUACAACUACUGUCCCACCUCCUACUCCUGGCUGGUUUUACUGGGUUUGGUGCUGUACCUAGCUGCUUUUGCUCCAGGGAUGGGUCCAAUGCCGUGGACCAUCAACUCAGAAAUCUACCCUCUGUGGGCGAGGAGCACGGGGAACGCCUGCGCUGCCGGAGUCAACUGGACCUUCAACAUCCUGGUGUCUCUCACCUUCCUCCACCUGGCUCAGUACUUCACCUACUAUGGUGCUUUCUUCCUCUACUCCAGCAUGGCCUUGCUAGGUUUCAUCUUCACGUAUGGCUGUCUGCCAGAGACUAAAGCCCGGCGUCUGGAGGAGAUCGAGGCGCUGUUCGAAAACCAGCUUUGUUCCUGCGGCGCCUCUGAUUCGGACGAAGGGCGGCAGGUCGAGUACAUUCGAGUCAAAGGUUCAAACUACCAUCUAUCGGACAACGACGCAUCUGACGUGGACUAGGGAGUUUCGUUAACUUGGCGAUUAAUGAAAUAUGCGAGUCUGGGUCUGUAAUAUUUAUAUUUUUGUGGGUGGACAGAGGAGUCACUGAUGAAGUUCAAAAUAAGAGUUUAAUAAAAAGGCCUUUUGCUUGUAUUAGUAACGUGAGUUCACUUUCAAAUCAGUCAAUUCAGGAAUCCAAAAAUCAAUGAAAUACUUUAGUUUGAGUAUGAAUGUUUUGUUGUCAACAUAAUCUCUGAGUUGAGGGUGAACUGACACUAAAUCUGGAGUCAAACUUGCUUUAGUCGACAGCUGAUUUCUCAACCAUGCAUGUGGAAAAGGCUUAAACAUUCACAUAGAUUCAACAUGAAUUCAUAGAGGUCCGACGUCUAUUUUACGGACACUUUGGGCAGGAAACAUGACUGUUGAACACACACUGAAAAUACAAACUAUAAGGGAUGGUGUUCUUUACAAAAGGGGAAGGAAAAUGUCCCUAAUAUUUUGUAUAUUCACUGAGUAAAUAUCAAUUAUUAUUUAUAUAUGAUGUUGUCCGUACAGUAUAAAGAGUGACAUGACACAGUCAUCCUGCAGCAUCAUGUCAGAAUUUGUUUGCAUUGAAAACGGUACAGUCAGUGUGGUGUUGGAAACGAGGUUUGUGUGUCCACAAAAUUUCCAGCUGUAACUUACCGGUGAUCUACAGUACCAUUAUGCCUUUCUACAUGAAACACAUCUCAGUUAAAUGUUGUUUAAGCUUGUAGCGUUGCACAUUAAUGUCAGUUCCUUGUGAUGACAGUCGUAGUUUGUGUUUCAUAUUUUCAUGAAAAGCAAACACCUACAGAGCCCAGGAGGGGGCAUAGAGGAAUACGAAAAAAAAGAUGCACUUUUGAAAUAUCUCAAGAAACUUUCUCGAGAUCUCACAAAAGUUUCUUGAGAUCUUGCAAAAGCUUCUGGGGAUCUUGCAUAUUUUUUCUUCAACCUUCAGAUUUAUUUAUUUUCCUCUCUGCCCCCUCCCCGACUCCGUGAACACCAGAGAUGUACAGUAUAUUGUUUAAAUUUAGCAAACUUGUAUUGUCAGUGGGUGCCUAAACAAACCACUUACCACUGCAGUAGCACUGAAAUGAAUCUAAGUUCUGUUGCCAUUGUUUAUUUAUUUAUUUAUUUAUGUAUUUAAAUAAGAUUUUUCCAAUGCCAUUUUUAACAUAAUACUAGAGUUUAAUGUCACUCUGUCAUUCCAAAAUCUACACUAUGAACCAAUGUUAGAAACCUGCGUGUCAUGAACUAUAGCUGGUUGUUAUUGCUGGGUAUGUUGUACAUUUAAUAUCCAGCAAAGAUGACCGGCCUAUUCUAUCUGUAGUGGUAAAGUAAAACCUUAGUUUUAUGAUUGAGAUUUCAAGUAUUUCAUUCUAUCUAAACAUGAUAAUAUUAGUGCCUGUGUAUUGUGAAGGUGCCUAACGGCCAUUUUUCAGUCACAUUCCCUAAGUGGACAUGUAUGUACUACGUCAUAUUAUGAUAACUACUAAGCCGACAUAGCUUUUUUUUUCAUUUGACAUGUACAUAUUUGCAUUUCACCUGUGAUGGAAUAUUAUUUUUUUACUGUCAUUUCAUGUAUUUAGAUUUUUGUCUUCCUCCAUAGCCUUAUGUACAAAUAGCAGAGCAUAUCAUUUAUGUGGUUCUCGUGUCAAAAGUCGAGGAGUAGGAUUUAGUGUAAUUUGCCAGUGUUGUUUUGUAAAGUAAAACUGUGUGAGGUUACACCUUGUUAGUCAAAUACGCAUAAGUUUCAGUGUAUCAAAACUGUCUGAAAGCUUACAGCGGAGUUAACUUUAUGUAACAAAACAAAACCGGUGAAUAAGGAUCAGUUAAUGUGAUUUAAUUCCACUUUUAAUAAACUUUUCAAAUAAGAAGUUGUUUAUCAAAUGCUCUGGCACAAUGUAGUGAUAUUUUAAGUGACCCUUAGAAAGUGAGUGGUAUUUUCAAGGUGUCACAUUCACACAUGGAUGCCAAUAGAGGUUGUAGAUCACUUUAAAAGGAACCAGUCCCAGGCAUUAGCACCUUCACAUGAAAACCCUAUAACUGUCCUUCAAACGUAAACAGAUUUCCCCAAAAAACAGCUUUACAGGACCAUUAUUUACAAAUCAUUAUGGUUUACAUUUGCUGGUCAGUUUCCAAAGCAUGCUGACAUUUUUGACCACCCUGCAAGGUGUCGCUCAUUUCAAUUCAUUUCAGUAAGCAACGAGAAACAACUUGCACAGACUUUAGACUGGCUUGAAAUUGGCAGAAAAGUGAACAUUUAAAACAACACAGCCUCCGCACAAAAACUGUAAAGGCUUGUCGCAUGGUUUUGAAAAUGAUCAGCAAUACUGUAAACUACCUGUGAUUUGGCUAAAACAUGCAAAAUAUCUAGUGAAUAUAUCUAGUGAAUGGUCCUUUAAAAGGAACCCCAACAGCUUAUAUAAUUGCUGGUAAUAAGUAAUGAUGAGAAACAACCUGCAUUUUCUGUUUAUUCAGAAAAAAUGACUGGCCUCUGAGUUUUUCUACCUUCUAAAAUUGGCUUAUCAACCUAAAAAAGUGAGGAAAAGUAACCACGCAGGGUAAGGUAUUGUUUUAACUUCAUUCGGUCCAGGAUGAGGUGUCUUAAAACUACACAAACUAGUUUUGUACUCAGAGUAUUACUACAACACACACAGACGCAGCCGUCCGUAACACAGAGUGUGUAAUGAAAACUUGUGUCGACCAAAUAUCUUAACGUGAGGCUGCACUUCAUCAAAGAUGAUAAGGAUCAUGUGAUGUCCGGCCCUAGAAGUGAAAUCGUGUUAACACUGUCCUAUAUAACAGCGGGGACGGUUAAAUGUAUAUUUAUGGUGAAAUGGUUGCAGUUUUUUUCUAUGUGAACCAACUACAUGUGUUUCUACAGUUUACGAGGAACUACAAAAAUACUAAUUUAACAAAAAAGAGUGCUGUAUAGUUUAUUUGAUUCUUGUUCAAGCUGUAAAUGUUUUGCUAGAGUUUAUAUUCUAUAAAAAAUAAAUAUCUUCAUGAAAUCUUAACACUUGAAUAUGUAUAUGGGGAAAGAAAUAAACUUCAAUCAGCGUAA